GCGGCCCAGCCCGGAGUUGGGGAAUCGCGAGCCUUUUUGGGUGCAGGGCGGCCGCGGGGGCCGGGCGAGGAAAUGAAGGGCCGGACUCGUGAGCCCCACUGAGAAGGGCAGCUUUUGUAGAUGAUCAAGGCGGUCCGGUGGCACUGCCGGAGACUUUUUCGGGGCACAGAUUGAAGAUGGCAGAGCAAGGCCCAGCGGUACUCCAAGCAGGAAAACCGUGUGAUGCCGUUGAGGCUGGGAGCAGCAGGGAAUUCUGGGGGAAAACGGUACGGAAGAUCCUGAGCAGCAGGCCUGGCAGCCCAAACGCCCAGCGCCUGCGUUUUCGGCAUUUCCACUACCCAGAGGCCAGGGGACCCCGAGAGGUUUGCAACCAGCUCCACGACCUCUGCCGCCAGUGGCUGAAGCCAGAGCGUCACACCAAAAACCAGAUCCUGGACCUGGUGAUCCUGGAGCAGUUCCUGACCAUCCUGCCCCCGGAGAUGGAGGGCUGGAUCAGGGAAUGCGGGCCGGAGACCAGUUUCCAGGCGGUGGCCCUGGCGGAAGUCUUCCUCCUCAGCCAGGCAGAGGACAAGAAGAUGGAACAGCUGGUGCAGGGGCCAUUUGCAGAGCUGGCUAGUAGUUUCCCUGAAGAAGAGAGAGCUCCUGUGGAUGCCAGCCAGAGGCUACUUUUUGAUGGGGUCUCUCAGGAGGGGAAUCGUGAGACCCCCACACUGGGUGAUGGAAUGGCAUUAGCGAUGCAUAUCAGGUUGUCUCUUCUUUGUGAUGGGGAGGAACCAUCUGCUGUGCAGCCAGAUCAGAGCCUGCUGGCCUUCGAGCAGGUGGCGGUGCAUUUCACCGAGGGCGAGUGGGCCCUCCUAGACGCAGACCAAAGAGCCCUGCACAGGGAGUUCGUGGAGGAGAACUGCCAGAACGUGGCCUCUCUGGAAGGACCUCUGAUUCGCAAUCUGGAUCUCAACUGCUGGCAGGAAGAUGAAGCAGCUCGAUUUAUCCAGGUCCCCAAGGAAGAAUCGCCACGGAGCUGCAUGGGCUCUGUCUCUCCCUCUGGAUCUCACUGGUUUCUCUCAGAAAGAUGGAAUGAGGGAGAGCCGCUCAGGGAGAUGUCAGGAAGAGGCAGGUGUGAAGAGAUGGAACAGCACAGAAUGAAAAUGGAAAUAAAACAAGAAAGAGGGGAUGAAUCUACUGUUUCUCAGGAUGGCGAGGUUUGUGAAAUCGCAACCCCAGGAAAAACAAGCACAGGGAAGGAAAUUAGUAUGUGCCCUGUGUGUGGGAAAAGCUUCCGUUGGAAAUCAAGCCUUUAUGCACACUGGAGAAUUCACAAGGAGGAAAAACCAUUCCAGUGCUCAGAGUGUGGAAAGAGCUUUUGUCAGAAGGCCAACCUUAUUAGACACCAAGGAGUGCAUACAGGGGAGAAACCAUUCCAGUGCUCAGAAUGCAGCAAGAGGUUUGGUCAGAGGGAUAAACUGAUUAGGCAUCAAGGAAUUCACACUGGGCAGAAACCAUAUCCAUGCUUACAGUGUGGAAGGCGUUUUAGAGACAAAACCGAUUUUACUUCCCAUCAGAGGAUCCACACAGGAGAGAACCCGUAUAAAUGCUUAGAGUGUGGAAAGAGCUUCAUUAAGAAUUCCGACCUUACAAGGCACAAAAGAAUCCACACGGGAGAGAAACCAUAUCGGUGCUCGGACUGCAGCAUGGAUUUUUGUUACAAAUCGAGCUUUAAAGAUCGUGAGAGACUGCAUGUGGGAGAGGAGCCUUAUAAAUGCUUGGCGUGUGGAAAAAGCAUCAACAAGAACUCAGACCUAACUAGACACCGAAGAAUCAGCACAGGAGAAAACCCGUAUCCAUGCUCCGAUAGUAGCAUGAGUUUUUCUCAAGGUGGGAGCCUUAGAAGUCAUCAGGGACUUCACACAGGGGAGAAGCCAUACAAAUCCUUGGUGUAUGAGAAGAGUUUUGCUCAGAGGAUAAACCUUAGUUCGCACCAAAGAAUGCACACUAAGCAGGACCUGAACCAAUGCGGCAUAAUGGUUGGUGUGUUGGAUUAGGACAGAAAGAGACCUGGGUUCAGAUUACUCAGCCAUGAAUGCUGAAGGUCAGAUUGAGGAGGACAACGUUUUCCAUCCUGGACUGAGGAAGGGCAGGGUAUAAAAAACAAAACACAGACAAUCUUUUAAAUCCUAAAAAUGCUCCGAGCCUGGACAGAACUUCGCUGGAGCACAGAUUUUCAUACAAAAUUGCUCAACAAAUAUCAUCACUUGGUUUUGAAUCCAUCAGACUUUUAUAUCCAUUUUAUGCAUCUGAACAUAAAAUUCUCACAGACAGAGACUAUAAAUUCUUGCCUUUUUGGUGAACAUGAAACGUGCAUUCCAUGUUAAACCAUGUGUCUAUGGACACAAAAGGAGCCAUGCUGGAACACAGUGCCAGUCCCGUAACUCGCCUCCAGCCUUGGCCAGCCCAGAUGCCUCUAGAAAGCCUCCAAACGGGGCGAUAGUGCAAUUGUCUGCCAGCAACUGCUAUUCAGAAGUUCAGCCCCUCCAAACAUGGAGAUUCUACUUAACUAGCAAGACUCAUAGCAAUAGACGACCUUGCCUGUUCACCUGAGACAGUGUCUGUGGCCAGAUCUUGCAAUGAAUUCCGUAUAUUAAGCUGCAUGAACCUCCAUGUUGAGUAACAGUAUACCUUCUGAUUUUAGGCACAAGCAGCAUUCGCAAGCUACUGUUCUCCUGCCUGCAAAUAAGCUUCCUGGAGUCUGCUCCAAGAUCCUUGUAGGAAAUGUGUUUUAGAUGCAGCAGGUCUGUUCUUACAUAAUGGGAAGUAGUCUUAACUCUUAUAUUUGCAAUUUAGUUGGGUAGGUUCUAAAUGCCAUUAGUAUCAACAUGGGGGCCUUAUUUCUCCUUGUUUUUAACAGUGUUGUGUAUUCUCCAUUUUCACAUCUAAUUGCUCAGUUAAGAGGUAGUAAAACGGAUCUUUAUGCAUCAUGGAAGCUGUGUGGCUCUUCACCGUCUCUAACAUGAAGGUUAUAAAUUGUGGGGAUGUUGAAAGGACUCUCAAACAACUGGAUACUUGAGUUACGUUUUGCUUCUGUUGAACCCGCUUUCUUUCUUGGGCAUGACUUGCAAGCCGACAAGACUUUAUCAUGGACUCUGCCAUUAGAGUUGAGGAGCUCCUUCAAAUCUUGUAUUUUAAAGUGUCUUUCACUCUCUCCUUGGUGUCCGCUCUGUGUGAGAGUUUUUUUAAAAAAAUUAAAACAAUGUUGUCAUGUUUUUUACUUGCUCAUUUAUUGUUUAAUUCCAGUAUUCUUGAGAACUUAGUUGAACUUUCAUCAAGGACUAAUCCUUGCAGGACUUCUUUUUGGAGGUGGUUGGGGCAGGGGGGCGGGAUUGGCAUUAGAGAUUUCAAAAAUGGUUUUGAAUUCUCUGCCCUGCUGGUUUUACUAAACGUGGUGCAAUCACUUUGUUCCCGUCUUCACUUUGGCGGUAAUUUGGAGACAAUUUGAAGAAGCAUGUUAAGUGCCUUGAAUCCAGGCGUAUCAGAGUUCCCAGUUUCUCCCCGUUCCUAGGGCUGACAAGUUUUUGGCAUAUGUACCAGUACUCUCCCGGUGUUGUUGGUUUGAGAAAUGGCUUUGAGGUCGGGGAGGAGCUGUGGCUCAAUGGAAGAGAUUCUUCUUGGCACAAAAGAUUCAGGGUUCAGUCCAGUUGAAAGGAUGAGGGAGAAGGUGAUGUGAAAAACCUUGACCUGUGGUUCCGGAGAGCUACUGCCAGUCCGAGUCGACAAUACUGUCCUUGAUGGACUGUUGGUCUCAUUCAGUAGGAGGCCGCUUUAUGUGUGUAAAAGGGCAGUCUUUCUUAAAGCCACCAAAGGCUCUGUCAGAUGCCUGCUGGGCUGUCAGACCAGCAACUCACUGGUACCUUUAUUCCGGAUCACAGUCUUACGCUGCCUUGGGACAAAUGGGGGAGCUCUCUUAAUGGUGUGCGUGGGUCAGUUGUCAGGUCCUGAAAGAAAAUUCUGUACCUCAACUACCGGGCAGCCGGUAGAAAUAUUCUACACCGUCCCAAACGCUGCCAAAAUUCGAGGCCUGCAGUUGGAAAGGAAGAUGAUGACCCUAUAAAUAAGUGAGCUUGUUUUAAUCUCUGAACCCACCACAGGGGCUAUUCUCGAAUGAAAGUGAGAGCCAGUUAGCAAUUCACGUGUCGCACUAGGAUCUGGAAAACCCAGUUUGGAAUCCUCACUCUGCUAUGGAAGCUUGCUUGGUGAUCUUGGACCAUUCUCAGCCUAGCCUACCUCACAGGGCUGUUGUGAGGAUAAAGUGGGGAAGGGAUAAAUUGCUUUGGGUCCCCGUUGGGCAGAAAGGUAGGGUAUAAAUGAAGUAAAUCAGAUUAGUUCAGGAGAUGACUAUGUUCCAUUGCUUUGUUUCUGCCCCUCCCCCAAACAUUUAUGUAUAUGGAGGCCUGUAUAAAAACUUUGUGUAUUA